UCCCCCUCCAACUUUUUGGCCCUCUGCUUUUCCCUCUCCUUUUCCUUUCCCUCCUCCCGACCUUUCGUGCUCCGGUCGUCUGGGCGAUCGAUUGCUGACUGUUCAAACACACCACAAACCGCAUUCCCUUUCGCGGGUCUCUGUUUUCUCCAUCCAUCCAUCCAUCCAUCCAUCUCCCCGUCUUGAUUUUCGCUUCGCUCGGGUUGUGUGAAUCCAAGACAAGGACACGACGAGCGAGGAGAAGAAAGUCCCUAGUCCCUGCAGUUUGAAGCGGGUUGCGCCCGAGCUCGAGCUUUUUGUCCGCUCAUGGAGAACCAACGCCAGAGCCCCCUGAAAUCGAGAUUCAGCCGCGUCUGCGUCUUCUGCGGGAGCAGCCCUGGCAAGAGCCCCUCCUAUCAGCUCGCUGCCAUUCAACUCGGAAAGCAACUGGUCGAAAGGGACAUUGACCUGGUGUAUGGUGGAGGAAGCAUUGGUUUGAUGGGUCUAGUCUCUCAAGUUGUUUACGAUGGGGGCCGCCACGUGUUGGGAGUGAUUCCCAAGACGCUGAUGCCGAGAGAGAUCACGGGGGAGACAAUUGGAGAAGUGAGACCUGUGUCAGGCAUGCACCAGAGGAAGGCCGAGAUGGCCCGCCAAGCCGAUGCAUUCAUUGCCUUGCCCGGUGGUUACGGGACCUUGGAGGAGCUCCUGGAGGUGAUCACAUGGGCUCAGUUGGGAAUCCAUGAUAAGCCGGUGGGAUUGCUGAACGUGGACGGGUACUACAACUCGCUCCUGUCGUUCAUAGACAAGGCCGUGGACGAGGGCUUCGUCACCCCCUCCGCCCGCCACAUCAUCGUCUCCGCCCCGACGGCGCACGAGCUCCUCACCAAGCUGGAGGAGUACGAGCCGAAGCACAGCGGGGUGGCCUCCAAGCUGACCUGGGAGAUGGAGCAGCAGCUGGGCCACUGCACCAAGUCAGACAUCGCCCGUUGACUCCCCCAAAGAAAAACAUCUUCCCCUCAACACUAAAGUACUCACACAGACACGAAAGCUACCCUUUUCAUGGAAGAUUAACCACCGCUUGAUUUAGGGAUUCUCUCGCAAAAAGUUGACACGACUUCGUAGAUAAUUCGGGCUCCUCAAAAAAAGAGAAAGGACGUAAAGGAAGAAGGGUCGUGCAAGUCCCCCCACCGCAGCCUUUUGUUUUAUAGGCCGGGGAUAUCAUCAUGGGGGGUUUUGCAUUCUUUGUUAAUUCUUGAUUGUUGAAAUUUCGGGUCUAUGAUUUCUCUCUUGGUUAGAAGAAUUUCUGAUCUUCGUAGGGGAGGGGGGGCAAGGAUUGGAUCGCUUGUCGGUGAAAUCCGAUCCUUCUUGUAAUCUGUACAUUCUGAUUGUCAUUGAUUGUCCAAAAUUUUCUUCCAAAGUUGAAAAAAAAGGGAAAGAGAUUGUGAUGGGUUUGCUGCAAA